UUUGAUUGUCGUGUUACGUUAAAUUUUCAUUAGUUUUUUUUGUCCUUUGUUAUAAAUAAUUCUUUUUUGUUUCCUUUUCUUUUUUAACGAAAAGAAAUAUCUAUAGUAUUUAUUUUCGUAAUAUAAUAAAAAUCUAUACCGAAAGUAGUAUUAAAAAUUUUAAUUUUUUAAAUCAAAGAAAAUAUGUUUGUCAUAAAGAGAGGCGGAAGAAAAGAAACAGUUUAUUUUGAUAAGAUAACUUCCAGAAUUUCUAAACUAUGUUAUGGUUUAAAUAUGGAGUUUGUUGAUCCCGCGAAAAUAUCUCAGAAGGUUGUCAGUGGUAUGUAUCAGGGUGUCACCACUGUGGAACUUGAUAAUUUAGCGGCUGAAACUGCUGCAUAUCUAACUUGUAAUCAUCCUGAUUAUGCUAUUUUGGCGGCAAGAAUUGCAAUUUCUAAUUUACACAAGGAAACAAAAAAACAAUUUAGCACAGUUAUUCAAGAUCUUUAUAAUCAUGUUAAUCCAAUUCGUAAAGUCCAUGCACCUUUAAUUUCUAAAAAAGUUUAUGAUAUUGUUAUGGAAAAUGCUGAUAAAUUGAAUUCAGCAAUCAUCUAUGAUAGAGAUUAUGGUUAUAAUUAUUUCGGAUUUAAAACUUUGGAAAAAAGUUAUUUAAUGAGAAUUGAAGGCUUAGUUGUUGAAAGACCACAACACAUGUUGAUGCGUGUUUCUAUUGGAAUUCAUGGUUAUGAUAUUGAUGCAGCUAUUGAAACUUAUAAUUUAAUGUCCGAGAAAUAUUUUACUCAUGCAAGUCCAACUUUGUUUAAUGCUGGUACACCAAGACCACAAAUGUCAAGCUGCUUUUUAGUGCAAAUGAAAGAUGAUAGUAUCGAGGGAAUAUAUGAUACCUUAACAAUGUGUGCCUUAAUUUCCAAAUCUGCUGGUGGUAUUGGUAUUAGCAUGCAAAAAAUUCGGUGUGCCAGUUCCUAUAUUGCUGGUACUGGAGGAACUUCAAAUGGUCUUGUCCCAAUGUUACGUGUUUUCAAUGACACUGCGCGUUUUGUAAAUCAAGGUGGUGGUAAAAGGAACGGAAGUUUUGCCGUAUACAUUGAACCAUGGCACGCCGAUAUAUUUGAAUUUCUCGAUUUGAGGAAAAAUACUGGUAAAGAAGAAAUUCGCGCACGUGAUUUGUUCCUUGGAUUAUGGAUUCCGGAUCUUUUUAUGAAAAGGGUUGAAAAGAAUGAUGAUUGGUCUUUGUUCUGUCCUCAUGAAUGUCCUGGUCUUUACGAACUCUAUGGCCAAGCAUUUGAAGAAUUAUAUAUUAAAUAUGAAAGAUCCGGUAAAGCACGUAAAACAAUUAAAGCACAGAAACUUUGGGUUGCCAUAGUUGAUGCUCAAAUUGAAACUGGCAUGCCUUAUAUGUUAUAUAAAGAUUCUUGUAAUGAAAAAUCUAAUCAAAAGAAUCUUGGUACUAUAACAUGCUCUAAUUUAUGUACUGAAAUUGUUGAAUAUACUGCACCCGAUGAAGUAGCCGUUUGUAAUUUAGCUUCAAUUUCAUUACCUAAAUUUGUUAAUACCAAAUCGAAAACUUUUGAUUUCUUGAAGCUUCAUGAAAUUGCUAAAGUUGUUAUAAAGAAUUUAAAUAAAGUCAUUGAUGAAAAUUAUUAUCCCGUUCCAGAAGCUGAAAAAAGUAACAAGAGACAUAGACCAGUUGGCCUUGGAGUACAAGGGCUUGCAGAUGCAUUGAUACUUCUUAGGUAUCCAUGGGAAUCUGAUGAAGCGCGUAAGCUUAACCGAGAUAUUUUUGAAACUUUAUAUCAUGCAUCUCUUGAAUCAUCAUGUGAAAUUGCUGCUAAAGAUGGUCCUUACCCUACAUAUGAGGGUUCCCCGAUUAGUAAAGGUAUCCUUCAUUACGAAUUGUGGGGAACAGGAGUACAACCUUCAGAUCGAUGGGACUGGGCAGAGUUGAAAGAAAAGAUCAGUCAAUAUGGAGUAAGAAACUCUUUGUUGAUUGCACCGAUGCCCACUGCAUCUACGAGUCAGAUUCUUGGAAACAAUGAAUGCUUUGAACCAUACACAAGCAAUAUUUAUCAAAGACGUGUAUUAAGUGGGGAAUUUCAAGUAGUCAAUUAUCAUUUGCUUAAAGAUCUUACAGAGAGAGGUGUUUGGGAUGAGGAAAUGAAAAAUGAGAUCAUUGCUGCCAACGGCUCCAUCCAAGGUCUUGAGGAGUUGGAUGAUGAAUUAAAAAACCUUUACAAAACUAUCUGGGAAAUUCCACAGAAAGUUUUGCUUGAUCUUGCGGCAGAUCGUGCACCAUUUAUUGAUCAAUCACAAUCGUUAAAUGUUUUUCUAUCAGAACCCAGUGUUGCUAAAAUAUCAUCCAUGCAUUUUUACGCGUGGAAGAAGGGUCUUAAAACUGGCAUGUAUUAUUUACGUACAAGACCAGCUGUUGAUGCUAUUAAAUUUACUGUGGAUCAAGCAUCAUUAGCAAAGAAAGCGGAAAAAAAAUCUUUAUAAUAAUAUUAAACUAUAAUAUUUUAAAAGUAAUAAUACUUAAAAACAUCAUCGAAAUGUUCAAAUUAACUACAAUUAUAUGUAGCAAUAACUCAAAAUAAAUAAUUUGAAUAG